AUGGGCAGAGAUUCGUGUAGAGUCUAUAAACGAGAUCCAGCACAUAGAGUGUUUGUUAAUCGGAACUUAAGAUUAGAGAAGAUAAAGUUUUUUGGCUUUGAUUUGGAUUAUACUUUAGCAGUUUAUAAAUCACCAGAGCUUGAAAGUUUACUAUUUGAGUUUGCAAUUGAACGCUUAGUCGAAAUCGGAUAUCCGGAUGGGCUGAAAAGUCUUCAGUAUAAGCCCGUUUUUCCACUAAGGGGACUGUGGUUUGAUGUACUUUAUGGGAACCUUCUGAAAGUCGAUGGUUUCGGCAACAUACUUGUUGGCAUGCAUGGAUUUCGUUUUAUGAAACCUACGGAAAUUGCCGAACUUUAUCCAAACAAGUUUUUACAGUUUACCGCCAAUCGUAUCUACGUGUUUGAUACUCUCUUCAGUCUUCCUGAAAUUUAUCUGGACGCUUGUAUCAUUGACUACUUUGAUGGAAGUCAGAAUUAUGUCCAAGUAGAAGAUUUUACGGGCAUUAAAAAUGGUGAGGUCUUUAUGUCGUAUCAUUCUAUAUUUCAAGACAUUCGUGAGGCUUUUGAUUGGGUUCACCAGAGCAGGAAAGUGAAAGACACGGUUUGGCAGAAUCCCGAAAAAUAUGUCACGAAAGAUGAACGUUUAAAACCACUCCUUCAGCGAAUACGGCAGUAUGGAAAGAAAUCGUUUUUACUGACAAAUAGUGACUAUCAUUAUUCAAAUGGUAUCAUGAAUUAUUUGCUUGGGCCUAAUUGGGCAAAUUACUUUGAUUUUGCUGUGGUUGAUGCUCGGAAACCAAAGUGGUUUGCUGAGGGGACGGUUUUUAGAGAAGUGAACACGAAUACAGGAACUGCUAGAAUUGGUAUUCAUACAGGACCCUUAGAACAAGGGAAAAUUUACUCCGGAGGAUCUUGUGAAGCAUUUCGCCGGCUAGUAAAGGCAGUCGGUCGAGACGUAUUAUACGUAGGCGAUCAUAUAUAUGGUGACGUAUUAAGGUCUAAAAAGACGCGGGGAUGGCGAACUUGUUUAGUGGUACCGGAACUUGCCCAGGAAUUGACUGUGUGGACAGAAGGGAAACCAAUUUUUGACCAACUACAAAGUUUGGAAUCUCGGCUUUCCAAUACGUAUAAGGAUUUGGACAGUAAUGCUAAAGAAAAACCACAUGUUGAUGAUAUAAUUGCUGAGAUCCGGAAGAUAACUUAUAACAUGGAUAACGAAUAUGGUAUGUUGGGUUCAGUUUUUAGAAGCGGGUCACGAACGACUUUUUUUGCUGCACAGGUGGAACGAUAUGCAGACUUAUACGCUGCCAACUGUUGCAAUUUGUUUCAUUAUCCUUUGUUUUAUUACUUUCGUGCUCCUAUGUCACUGUUGCCUCAUGAAUCAACAGUCGAACAUGAUGCUGUCAUACAAGAAUACAACUACCCCGGAAAACUAAUACGGCAAACAUCUGUUCGGGAAGAAAGUGAGAUUAUCUAUAAUAGCUAUGAUUCAAAUUUAGUUCGUGGUCUAAAAACACAGCCAACCUUCUGCCAUGAGGAAGACGAAGACGAAAGCAGUAUUACUAGUACAAUGGCGGAAAACUGUAGACAAAUUAGCGAGGAAGAAACGUUGACGCUGGAUAAUAAAUUUGGAAGUUCUGAUGUCGCAGCAAUUAGUCCAAAUUCUAAGUGA